UCAGAAAGAUGUCACAGAAUAUUUCCAAAUGCAUGACCUCGUCCAUGACUUUGCCAAAUCCCUUGCAGAAAAUGAAUGCUUUACUUUGACGAUUAAAGAUACCAAUGCGCAAGAAUUUGACUUUGGUAGAACCCGUCAUUUAUCUCUAGUAAUAGAAGAGAUAAACACGAUUCCUUCUUUCAUUCACAAGGCAAAGAAUCUGCGAACUCUUAAAAUUUAUAAAGCACAGAUUCCUAGACUUUCUUCUGACUUAUUUGGACACUUGACGUGUCUGAGGAUUUUAGAUUUGCAUAGUACUUACCUUGAAGAGCUUCCAAAUGAGGUAGAGAAGUUGAUACAUCUAAGGUACCUUAACUUGUCCAUGGCAAGGUUUAAAGAAUUACCUAAGGCAGUGACCAAAUUGUACAAUUUGAAAAUAUUACACCUUUAUGGAUGUAAGAAUCUUUGUAAACUACCUGAAGGGAUUGGAGGAUUAGUCAAUUUGAUAGAGCUUGAUCUGAUUGAAUGUCGCCAACUAAGCUACUUGCCAGAAGGAAUUGGGAGAUUGAGCAAACUGCAUCGUUUGCCACACUUCGUUAUUUGUGGGAUAGAGAGAGGAGGAUGUAAGAUUGGAGAACUGAAAAAUCUCAACUUCCUCAAAGGUUCACUAAGACUAAUAGGUUUGGGGAGAGUGGAAAAUGGAAAUGAGGCUAAGAUGGCUUGCUUGAAGAAUAAGCAACACCUUCGUGCUCUGUAUUUCUAUUUCAAUCAAUAUACUGGUGUUUCACAAGUUGAUGAAAAUGCUACUGAAGGAGAAAGAGAAGGAGAAUUAGGAGAAAAAGAAGAAGAUGAAGAAGAAGAAAUAGUUGAUGCUGAAGCUAAAACAGAAGGACGAGAAGAAGAAGAAGAAGAAGCUGGUGUUUCACGUGUUGGUGAGAAUGUCGUUGAUGAAGAAGAGGUAGGGAAAACAGAAGGCGAAGAAGAAGUAGUUGAUGGAGAAGACAUGUUGUUGAGGAGGAGGAUGGAGGAUGUGCUGGAAAGUCUCCAACCACAUCAAAACCUUGAGAAACUAAUAAUCAAGGACUACCCUGGUGUUCUGUUCCCAAAUUGGAUGUGUAGUCAUGAAAACUUUAUGAUUUCCUCCAAUCUGGUUUUCUUGGAACUACGUUGGUGCAGGAAGUGUAAGCAAUUGCCUCCGACUUUGGGGAAACUACCAUCCCUUGAAACCCUUGUAAUAGGUGGAAUGGAUAAAGUCAAAUUCAUGGGUGUUGAGUUUUUUGGAAUUGAUUUUGCCACAACAAGUGACGGUGGGUUUGACAAAAUAUUCCCAAAAUUGAAAGUCUUUGAGUUGGCUUCAAUGCGUAAUUUGGAGGAUUGGGAUUUAAGACUAGUACAGAAUUUUCAAGAAGGGAAAGAGUUCAUCUUUAUGCCGUGUCUACAAGAUCUCUUACUUUUGGAUUUGCCCAAGUUAAGGACAUUUCCACAGCACCUUACUCAGGCUACAUCCCUGAGGAAAUUGUUCAUAUGGUACUGUCCAAAGUUGAGUUGGAUGCCAUCAUCUCCAUCCUCCCAUCUUCCUUUUCUGCACGUUGAGGAGUUGAUCUUAAAAAAGGACGCAGGUUCAUUUUCAAAGUCACUAGUACCAAACAACCACAUGUUUCUCCCUAACCUCAAGUUGUUGCGGGUGAGACAAUCACCAUACUCGUCCUUACCUGUAGGAUUAGGGCAACUCACUUCGCUUCAGAUUCUGGAUAUCCGAACCUGUUCUAAGAUCAAGUCAAUACCUGAGGGGGAGUUGCAGCAUCUCACCGCAUUACAAGAGUUGAGGAUCAUGAGGUGUCCCGCCUUGAGACGACGUUGCCAGAAGGAGAAAGGAGAAGAUUGGGGCAAAAUAUCUCACAUCCCAAGCAUCUUCAUCGAUGGCAAGAAGAUCAAAUGAGGAGAAACUUCCACAACAAGAGGCAUUAAUGUUAAUGGAGGAAGAAGAAGCGGACAACAAACGCAUCACAUACUUGAAAGGAUCGAUUGAUUUUGGUUUGUUAGGUAUUUGAGGUUGAAGAUAGAUAGAUACCAGAGAACUCGAAUGUUGAAUGCCUAAAGUUGGACAGAAACAAACCCGACCUUCUUCGUCACCACCUAGUUAGGGAGUUCGGGUUGAUCAGAUUCCUUCAAUCAGGACUGUUAUUGCAUUACAUAGACUUUGUGAAAGCAGUGGAGAUGGUAGACAAGGCUGAGGAGCACACCAUCUAAGUUGCAAUAAUCACCAAAGGAUGAUUUGGCAGAAGAAAGAGUUCAUUUUCCAUAUGAAUUAUAUUGGAGCUCAUCACCCACAUUUACCUUCAACUUCUCCAAAGAUUUUCAGAACUCAGUUGAACAUGAAGAAAUUAGCUUUGAGGACAAUCCCUUUUGACCAUUGUCAAAAUUUCUCUGUUUCCUCUGUGCCAUGGUGAACUCCUCAGGAAUGGAAGAGCAUGCAGUCCAAUGAUCUGGGUAAUUUUCCUUCCAGUAUUUGAGGUUCAAGAUACCAGAGAAAAUCAAAUGUUCUAUGCCAAAUUUAGGAUGGAAAACGAACCUGACCUCCUUGGUCACCACCUAGUUAGGGAGUUCAGGUUGAUCAGAAAAUUCAAGGUUUCCUGUGGGAGGAAGAGAAAGGUGAAGAAUGAACUACGAUGGUACAUGACAUGAGCAUUCCAUGACAUCGAGGCAAUAUGUAAGACCCAUGACCGCAAUCUCCGCAAGGGUUCUUCCUUCGGCAAAUGAAAAGCACAGUAUGGUAGUUAAUUCUUAAGCAAUUCUUCUUGGCCUUUAUGAAAUUGGUGUUUUGAUUUUGAUUUUUUUUCCUGCACCUCAUCUUUGUUUAAUUCUUGAAGAGAAAUAUAGGCCCACUGUUUGUGGUUUGACAAGAAGACUCAAACAAGGAAUUCAAUGUUGAAAAGAUUGUGUUACUCUCUUUAAAUACGGUUGAAGCAGAGGAAAUGGUAGAUGAGGAAACCAUCUAUGUUGCAAGCAAUAAUCUUAAGAGUUUGAGGAUGUCAAAAUUCUAUGUAUGUGGUGGAUGAUGCUCGUGGAUUAUUUAUUUCUCCAUUCUUGUACCCUGCUUGGCUAUGUUGUAGAGCAUCAAUCUUUUUUCCUUUUGAUAAUUGCAUAGCAUCAAUGUCAAUGGCCACAUAUAUGGCCUUCUCUGUGCUGAUGUUGGUUGGGUCUGGUGGUGGAUCAAGGACGAUUUUCCAGAACCACAUCCAUUAUAUUGGGAUUGAUCGACCCACAUGUACCCUCAACUUCUCCUAAGGAGAAUAAGCUUAGCAGAAAAGAAGAGUAAUGGUUAGCAAUGUUCCAGAAGAUGCUGAAUACCAUAGGAUGCCAAUGCCGUUAGACGUGCAAUUCAAUGCUGUCCUCGAAUUUGUGACUAGAGAGGACUUCAAUCGAAAGCUUGGAGAGCAAGUAAUCACAGACAUAGUGAAGGUUUUGAAGGAGUUACGUGCAUUUCCAAGAUCGCAGACUUCUUAGAGAAAUUGACAGCUAAAUUGGAGAUUUCUUCUUCCACGAUCGAGUUCAGGGGUUCAAUUUCUGAUGAGCUUAUUGUUGAUGCUCAAGGCCAUCCAUGGUUUCGGUUUGUUCGUUGACAGUCUGUCUGCUGCUUUCUAGUCCCUCUUGCUGAUGGCAAUGCCGAAGGUAGGAGGGGGUAGUAUAUCUUCUUUGUUUUGUUUGGUUUUGUCCGGUUGAUGUUUGUACUCUAUGUUUCAUUUUCUUUUCUUAUACAAAUGAUCUUUUAACAAAAAAGAAGCCGGUUAUCUGCUAAAGUUUCUCAUGUAACAGAAAUUGUGGAUGAAACAGUAAAGAGUGGGAUAGUGUGAUAGUGUCCAUGCAGUUGGCUAUAGCUUUAAUGAUUCUCUGGGUCAUACAGAAAGAUCACAAGUUAGUUUGACUGUUUUAACCA